AUGAUUAUUGAAGUAAAUGCUUUUGAUGAAAAAAUGGAAAUCCUUAAAGGAAGAGGAGGUAUAAGCGAUAUGUCGAUCAAUAUUCGAAAUAUUACUGGAAAAGAUUUAAAAAAACGACAACAGACAACCCGUUAUUAUACAUUAAUAUAUAGUACCAAUAAUACACCUUAUAAAACUGUUAUAAUCACAGAAACUGCUGUACCUUUCGUUCCUCCCCCUGAUACAGUAGGGACAAUGACAAUCUUUUAUCCAACAUGUCAUGUAUUUGAUUGUAGCUGGAAUUUUUAUUAUGAUGCAAUUCCUGUUAAAUCACUUACUGUAGGCUUCUCAGAAAUAUCACCACCGGUUACAUUUACAGUAACUCAACAAGGUCAACAAGGCCAAAAUAUAGUAACUGCAACUGCAACGAUAACCAAUGGUUUCAGCUCUUCAACACCAGCACUGCAGUAUGAAGAAUCCAAUAAUUUAUAUCCAAGUGAUGUUAAAUAUGUCGUUGUUGGCACUAUCGGUGGUGCUGUUAUUGGCAUACUAAGUGGUAUUGCUUUGUCAUAUGGAUAUUAUAAGCUUAAAGUAGAUGAAGGUAUUCCAACUCCAUCACAUCGUGAUUACAUGUCUUGA